UUUUUUCCGCAAGCGCUUCCAACUUUCUUCCGUUUUCUUUUCUUUUCCCCCGGCCUUUCCCACUCCCCCUCGCGCUGUAAAAGUCUAACAGAUUGUCGUAUAACGUUAAGAGGGGUGCACGAGAACAUCGGGGGAAAAAAACAUGAUGAGCAAUAAUACAUACUACGACCAGCAGCUGCCGCCGCAGUAUUACCAGGGCACCGACAACGGCGAGGACGGAGACGAGGAGAUGCCGGCCACGGAGAAGGACCUGGCGGAGGAUGCGCCCUGGAAGAAGAUCCAGCAGAACACCUUCACCAGGUGGUGCAACGAACACCUGAAAUGCGUCAACAAAAAGAUCAACGACCUGCAGAAGGACCUGAGCGACGGGCUCAAGCUUAUCGGGCUCCUGGAAGUUCUCAGCCAGAAGAAAAUGUACAGAAAAUACCACGCCAGACCCAAUUUCAGGCAGAUGAAGCUGGAGAAUGUGUCUGUCGCGCUGGAGUUUCUAGAAAGGGAACACAUCAGACUAGUUUCUAUAGAUAGCAAAGCUAUAGUGGAUGGCAACCUAAAACUGAUCCUGGGGCUGAUAUGGACCCUAAUCCUGCACUACUCCAUUUCCAUGCCCAUGUGGGAGGAUGAGGACGAUGAGGAUGCCAGGAAGCUGACACCUAAACAACGCCUUCUGGGCUGGAUCCAGAACAAGGUCCCCCAGUUGCCCAUCAACAACUUCCACAGGGACUGGAGAGAUGGCAAAGCCCUCGGUGCCCUGGUGGAUAAUUGCGCCCCUGGCCUGUGUCCGGACUGGGAGACAUGGGACCCGAGUCAGCCAGUGGAGAAUGCGAGAGAAGCCAUGCAGCAAGCCGACGAUUGGCUCGGUGUGCCUCAGGUGAUUGCUCCAGAGGAGAUUGUGGAUCCUAAUGUGGACGAGCACUCAGUGAUGACCUACCUGUCUCAGUUCCCCAAAGCCAAGCUCAAGCCUGGUGCCCCACUGCGAUCUAAAACCCUGCACCCCAAGAGAGCCAAGGCUUACGGGCCAGGUAUUGAGUCCAGAGGCAACGUUGUGUUGAGGCCAGCUGAGUUUGUGGUGGAGACUGUGGAGGCGGGACUUGGAGAGGUGUUGGUGUACAUUGAGGAUCCAGAAGGCCACACAGAAGAGGCUAGAGUAAUUCCCAACAAUGACAAGAACAGGAGCUACUCUGUGGUCUAUGUUCCAAAAGUGGAGGGUCUUCAUAAGGUGAAGGUGUUGUUUGCUGGACAGGACAUUGACAGGAGCCCUUUCCUGGUAAAUGUGUCUAAAGCAUUGGGAGAUCCAAACAAGGUGCAGGCCCGUGGGCCAGGUUUGGAACCGGUGGGCAAUGUGGCCAAUAAACCCACGUAUUUUGACAUCUACACAGCAGGUGCAGGAGCAGGCGAUGUCGGCGUGAUCAUUGUGGACUCUCAGGGUCGUAGAGACACAGUGGAGAUCAUUCUGGAAAACAAGGGCGACAGUGUUUUCCGCUGCACCUACGGCCCCAUUCUGGAGGGCCCUCACACUAUAUAUGUGACAUUCGCUGGCCAACAAAUACCCAGAAGUCCUUUCACUGUUCACAUCUCAGAGGCUCCUUCGAGCGGCCGGCAGAUCGGCUCACCGGUUCAGAUAAUCCCUCAGUCUAUACGCACGCCGCCCUCAGAAAAGGCCAAGAAAGUGCCUCCCCCAACACCACCCAAGCCCAGGCGACCAACAAGUAACCCAAAUGCCUGUCGGGCCAUUGGCCGUGGCCUGCAGCCCAAGGGUGUGCGUGUGAAGGAGGUGGCCGACUUUAAGGUGUACACGAAAGGAGCAGGCAGUGGAGAACUACGUGUUCAAGUCAAAGGGCCAAGAGGUGGCGAUGAGCCUGUGAAAGUACAAGAAUUGGGAGACGGUGUGUAUGAAUGUGAUUACUACCCCAUUUUCCCUGGAAAAUACAUCAUCACCAUUACUUGGGGUGGCCACGCCAUUCCCCGCAGCCCAAUUGAGGUGAUCAUAAGUGAAGAUGCAGGCCCUCAGAAGGUGAGGGCAUGGGGUCCAGGCCUGGAGACGGGCAUGGUGGGCAAAUCAGCUGACUUUGUGGUUGAGGCCAUUGGCACAGAGGUUGGAACUCUGGGUUUCUCCAUCGAAGGCCCCUCGCAGGCUAAAAUAGAGUGUGAUGACAAGGGUGAUGGAUCUUGUGAUGUUUUGUACUGGCCCACCGAGCCAGGUGACUAUGCGGUCCAUGUCAUCUGUGAUGAUGAAGAUAUCAAAGACAGCCCCUUUAUGGCCCACAUCCUCCCUGCAGCCAAUGACAUCUUCCCUGAGAAGAUUAAGUGUUACGGACCUGGGCUGGAGCCAACUGGGUGCAUCGUAAACAAACCUGCUGAGUUUACAAUUGACGCCAGUGGAGCUGGAAGAGGACAUCUACAGAUUUAUGCUCAGGACUCAGAAGGCUUCCCCAUCGAUAUCCAAAUCACAGAUAACGGUGACAGUACAUAUUUCUGCGUCUACAUACCCACCAAGCCCAUCAAACACACUAUCAUCAUCACCUGGGGAGAGGUCAAUGUUCCCAACAGUCCAUUCAGGGUGACCAUUGGAGAAGGCAGUCACCCAGAGAACGUGAAGGUUCAUGGACCAGGAGUGGAGAAGACUGGCUUGAAGGCCAACGAACCCACAUACUUUACUGUGGACUGCAGUGAGGCCGGGCAAGGAGAUGUUAGCAUUGGGAUUAAGUGCGCUCCUGGCGUGGUGGGACCUGCCGAAGCAGAUAUUGAUUUUGACAUCAUUAAAAAUGACAACGACACAUUCACAGUGAAGUAUACACCCCCUGGAGCCGGACGCUACACCAUCAUGGUGCUUUUUGCGGAUCAGGAAAUUCCCAUCAGCCCCUUCCGUAUCAAAGUUGAUCCAUCCCAUGAUGCUAAUAAGGUAAAAGCAGAAGGUCCUGGGCUCAGCAAGACAGGUGUGGAAGUGGGCAAGCCGACCCACUUCACGAUCUAUACUAAAGGAGCAGGCAAGGCCACACCUGAGGUUAAUUUCACCGCAUCUGGGAAAGGAGAAGCCGUCAGUGACUUUGAGAUCAUUGAUAACCACGACUAUUCUUUCACUGUGCGCUACACUGCGUUACAGCAGGGUAACAUGAGCAUAUCUGUGUGCCAUGGUGGUGACCCCAUCCCCAAAAGCCCAUUUACCAUUACUAUCGCUCCUCCUUUGGAUCUCAACAAGGUCAAAGUUCAAGGACUCAACACCAAAGUGGAUGUAGGGAAAGAUGAGGAGUUUACCAUUAAUACACUUGGCGCGGGAGGUCAAGGAAAGGUGGAUGUCAAGAUCACCUCACCCUCUCGCCGGCCAAUCCCAUGCAAGGUGGAAUCUGGAGCAUCCAAUGAGGUGCACACAGUUAAGUACAUUCCGCCAGAAGAGGGGCCCUACAAAGUUGACAUCAGCUAUGAUGGAAACCCCGUGCCAGGAAGUCCUUUCACGGUGGAGGGGGUGAUGCCUCCAGAUCCCUCAAAGGUGCGAGCCUAUGGCCCUGGCCUGAAGGGUGGCAUUGUGGGUAAACCCGCUCCAUUUGCCAUCGACACUAAAGGCGCAGGUACAGGGGGUCUCGGGCUGACUGUGGAGGGCCCGUGUGAAGCAAAGAUUGAGUGCCAGGACAAUGGAGAUGGAUCUUGCUCUGUGUCCUAUCUGCCCACUGAGCCUGGAGAAUAUUCCAUCAACAUCCUGUUUGCUGAUGCUCACAUCCCUGGUUCCCCCUUCAAAGCCAUGGUGCAGUCCGUCUUCGACCCCAGCAAGGUUACAGCUAGUGGUCCAGGGUUGGAGAGAGGAAAGGUCAAUGAAGCAGCGUCGUUCACGGUGGACUGCUCUAAAGCAGGGGAGGCGGAGUUGACCAUCGAGAUUAUUUCCGAUUCAGGAACGCAGGCAGAGGUUCAUGUCCAGAAUAACAGCGAUGGAACUUAUUCUAUCACCUACAUCCCUCCUUUCCACGGAAUGUACACCAUCACGAUCAAAUACGGAGGACAUGCAGUGCCUAAGUUCCCUGCAAGGGUGCAAGUGGAUCCUGCUCUUGAUACCAGUGGAAUCAAGGUCUAUGGUCCAGGAGUGGAGCCCAGAGGGGUACUCCGAGAGGUCACUACACACUUUGUUGUUGACACUCGGGUUCACAACAAGAUUGGUGGAAACCACAUCAAAGUUCGUAUUGUUAACCCAUCAGGUGCCAGCACUGAUGCGUACAUCACUGACAAAGCAGAUGGCACUUACAGAGUAGAGUAUACCGCAUAUGAGGAUGGUGUGCAUCUUAUAGAGGUGCUAUAUGAUGACGUACCUGUCCCCAAGAGCCCGUUUAGGGUGGCGGUGACUGAAGGUUGUGAUCCCAGCCGUGUACGUGCUUACGGUCCUGGUCUGGAAGAGGGUCUGGUCAACAAAUCCAACCGCUUCACUGUGGAGACCAGGGGUGCUGGCACGGGUGGUCUUGGAUUGGCCAUUGAGGGUCCAUCAGAAGCUAAGAUGUCUUGUAAAGACAACAAAGAUGGCAGCUGUAGUGUGGAGUAUAUUCCUUUCACUCCUGGGGAAUAUGAUGUCAACAUCACUUUCGGAGGCCUGCCUAUCCCAGGUAGCCCAUUCAGGGUGCCUGUGAGGGAGCUGGUGGACCCCAGUAAGGUGAAGUGUUCUGGUCCUGGUCUGGGCAGUGGAGUAAGAGCCCACGUCCCCCAGACCUUCACUGUGGACUGCAGCAAGGCUGGAGUCGCCCCACUGGAGGUGCUGCUGUAUGGACCUACAGGGAUGACAGAGCCGGUGAAUAUCACAGACAACGGUGAUGGCACCCACACAGUAAUCUACACUCCUGCUAAAGAUGGACCGUACACUGUCUGUGUCAAGUAUGCAGACCAAGAAGUGCCACGCAGUCCAUUUAAGAUCAAGGUUUUGCCCGCUCACGAUGCCAGUAAAGUCCGUGCCAGCGGCCCCGGCCUAAAUGCUUCCGGGGUGCCAGCCAGCCUGCCGGUGGAGUUCACCAUUGAUGCCCGUGAUGCAGGGGAGGGUCUUCUCACCGUACAGAUACUGGACCCAGAAGGAAAGCCAAAGAAAGCCAAUAUUCGGGAUAACAGAGAUGGAACGUACACCGUAUCCUAUGUCCCGGAUAUGACAGGGCGCUACACUAUUACAAUCAAAUAUGGCGGGGAUGAGAUUCCAUACUCCCCCUACCGCAUCCAUGCGCUGCCCAGUGGAGAUGCCAGCAAAUGCCUUGUGACAGUGUCGAUUGGGGGACACGGACUGAGCUCAGGGCUCGGACCCACCAUUCAAAUUGGCGAGGAGACCGUUAUCACUGUGGAUGCAAAGGCUGCUGGGAAGGGGAAGGUCACCUGCAAAGUGUCAACUCCAGAUGGGGCGGAGCUAGACGUGGAUGUGGUGGAGAAUGCAGAUGGAACAUUUGAUAUCUAUUAUACUGCUCCAGAACCUGGGAAAUACGUCAUCACCAUUCGCUUUGGAGGAGAGCACAUUCCCAACAGUCCCUUCCAUGUGGUGGCAUCUGAUACCAUCCCUAUAAUUGAGGAACCGUGUGAUAAACUGCAGUUACAGCAGCCCUACGCCCCCUACAAGGGCUACACCCCUCACUGGGCCACUGAGGAACCAAUCACUGCAGUGGAUGCCAUGGAGCCAAUGCUCCGCCCAUUCAAUCUUGUCAUUCCAUUUACUGUGCAAAAGGGGGAGAUUACAGGUGAGGUACGUAUGCCUUCUGGUAAGACCGCCCGUCCCAACAUCACUGAUAACAAGGACGGGACAGUGACAGUCAAAUACGCCCCCACCGAGAAGGGCCUGCAUGAGAUGGACAUCAAAUAUGACGGGAAUCACAUACCAGGAAGUCCACUGCAGUUCUAUGUCGAUGCCAUUAACAGUGGGCAUGUGAAUGCACACGGCCCUGGUCUAAGUCAUGGCAUGGUCAACAAAUCUGCAACCUUCACAAUCGUCACUAAGGACGCUGGAGAAGGAGGUCUGUCUUUGGCAGUGGAGGGCCCCUCUAAGGCAGAGAUCAGCUGUAAGGAUAAUAAAGAUGGCACCUGCACUGUGUCCUACCUGCCAACGGCCCCAGGAGACUACAACAUAAUCGUCAAGUUUGAUGACAAGCACAUUGCUGGAAGCCCCUUUACAGCCAAGAUCACAGGCGAUGACUCCAUGAGGACUUCUCAGCUGAACGUUGGCACGGCCACAGACGUGUCUCUGAAGAUCACAGAGACGGACCUGAGCUCCCUGACCGCGAGUAUCAGAGCCCCAUCUGGCAACGAGGAGCCCUGCCUGCUGAAGAGACUGCCAAACCGACACAUCGGAAUAUCCUUCACUCCUAAGGAGGUGGGAGAGCAUGUGGUCAGUGUAAAGAAGAAUGGAAAACACGUGACCAACAGCCCAUUCAAGAUCAUGGUGGGCCAGUCUGAGAUUGGAGAUGCCAGUAAAGUGAAGGUGUUUGGAAAAGGUCUGAUUGAAGGACACACCUUUGAAGUGGCUGAGUUUAUCGUGGACACCAGAAGUGCAGGUUAUGGAGGUCUGGGUCUGUCUAUCGAGGGGCCAAGCAAAGUUGACAUUAAUUGUUCGGAUGUGGAAGACGGAACAUGCAAAGUGACCUACUGCCCAACCGAACCCGGAACAUACAUCAUCAACAUCAAAUUCGCAGACCAACAUGUGCCAGGAAGUCCAUUUACAGUGAAGGUUCUGGGCGAGGGACGAAUGAAGGAGAGUAUUACCAGAAAGAGGCAGGCGCCCUCUAUCGCCACGGUGGGCAGCACUUGCGACCUCAACCUCAAGAUUCCAGGGAACUGGUUUCAGAUGGUGACGGCUCAAGAGCGACUCACCCGUACCUUCACCCGCAGCAGCCACACCUACACACGCACAGAACGCACAGAGAUCAGCAAGACCCAUGCGGGCGAGACCAAGAGAGAAGUGCGGGUGGAAGAGAGCACCCAAGUGGGGGGCGACCCCUUCAGGAACGUAUUCGGUGGAUUUCUGGGCAGGGAGAGCCUGGGACCCUUCAGCAGCAGCCAGGGCCGACAAUCAGAGGGUGAAUCAGGUACACAGGAGAUGACCGCACAGGUGACGAGUCCCAGCGGUAACACGGAUGACGCUGAGAUCGUAGAAGGAGAGGACAGCGCCUAUAGUGUGCGCUUUGUGCCUCAGGAGAUGGGCCCCCACACGGUCAAUGUCAAAUACAGGGGCCAGCAUGUCCCCGGAAGCCCUUUCCAGUUCACUGUGGGGCCCCUUGGAGAGGGAGGGGCCCACAAGGUUCGGGCCGGUGGUACUGGACUGGACAGGGGUGUGGCUGGAGUUCCAGCUGAGUUUAGUAUCUGGACUCGUGAGGCGGGUGCUGGUGGUUUGUCCAUAGCCGUUGAGGGGCCCAGCAAAGCAGAGAUUUCCUUUGAGGACAGGAAGGACGGUUCCUGUGGGGUGGCCUACGUAGUACAGGAGCCUGGUGACUACGAGGUGUCAAUCAAAUUUAACGAUGAACAUAUCCCAGACAGCCCUUUCAUCGUUCCCAUUGCAUCACUGUCAGAUGACGCCCGCCUACUUACCAUCACCAGCCUGCAGCAGGAGAUGGGUCUGAAAGUGAACCAGGAGGCCUCGUUUGCCGUUCAGCUGAACGGAGCGAGAGGAGCGAUUGAUGCGAAGGUGCACACACCGUCUGGAGCAGUGGAGGAGUGUUACAUCACUGAGCUAGACAAUGAUAAACACGCCAUACGGUUUAUUCCACGGGAGAACGGCGUCCACUCCAUUGAUGUCCGUUUUAACGGGAGUCACAUCCCAGGCAGUCCCUUCAAGAUCCGUGUAGGGGAACCCGGCCAGGUGGGAGAUCCAGGAAUGGUGACUGCUUUUGGGCCCGGACUGGAGGGCGGAACUACAGGUGUACCCUCGGAUUUCAUUGUAAACACGUGUAACGCUGGGUCAGGAGCUCUGUCGGUUACCAUUGACGGCCCAUCGAAAGUAAAGAUGGAUUGUCAGGAAUGUCCAGAAGGAUACAAGGUCACAUACACACCCAUGGCUCCCGGCAGCUACCUCAUCUCCAUCAAAUAUGGAGGACCGCAGCAUAUUGUGGGCAGUCCCUUCAAAGCCAAAGUCUCCGGCGCACGUCUGUCGGGCGGACACUCUCUACACGAAACGUCAUCGGUUCUGGUGGAAACGGUGACAAAAUCAUCCUCGGUGGCGGGAUCUUUCUCCACUCUGCCGAAGUUCUCGUCUGAUGCCAGUAAGGUGGUCUCCAGGGGGGCCGGACUCUCCAAAGCCUUCAUUGGCCAGAAGAACACCUUCACGGUGGACUGCAGUAAAGCAGGGACAAACAUGUUAAUGGUAGGAGUGCACGGGCCAAAGACUCCCUGUGAGGAAGUCUACGUCAAACACAUGGGCAACAGAAUGUACAAUGUCACAUACACAGUGAAGGAGAAAGGAGACUACAUCCUCAUAGUGAAAUGGGGUGAAGAAAUGGUGCCCGGAAGCCCUUUCCACGUCACAGUGCCUUAAAAGACUGUCUUUAGAUCCUCUCCACUAUGCAAAGACUCUACUGACUGUCCCGGGAAAGAGACGGGACUCACCGACAAUGCCUUUUCAUGACAUAUUAACUCACUGUGUUUUACAAAUAAUCAAGAAAACGUUCUAUAUCUGCAUACGCUUUAUCCAAAGUUCAUUAUGUGUUCAUUUCACGCUCGGUUAUGUAUCUUAACCUUUUUUUUAUGAUGUUAUUUUAGAUGUUGUGAGACUAGAGAAUGUUUGAAGCAGAAGUGAAUGAUAAAAUGGUUUUGCACUGCCCAGCAGUUGCUGUUUUAAUCACGUCCACCCUGUUACCAGUCAAGUUACUGUCCGGACCAUUUACAGACGUAAUUUAACAGCUGAGUUAUUUAAUCUUUUUAUUAUUAUUAAUAUCUAAUGCUAAAUCUGGUCUUAUUUUUAUGAUGGAAUAACAUCAUUUAGUCUCUGAGUCUGGACUAGGUUUGCACUCGGUCCUCCUGAUCAAGGGCUUAGUUUGAGCAGUGAAAGCCUGAUCUUUUAGUCCUAGUGGACUAGGUUUAGGCUCACACUGGGUCUAAACCGGUCCCGGGUGGCCCAGCACCCCUGCAGACUGGGUUGUGUGAUUGGUUAGAUGAGGUUUUUUUUGUUGUUUUUUUACCAAACGGUGUAGCAAAAACCGUUCAGCAUGUGAAUGUUUGAAAUCCCACAGUUUUUACAGUGACUAUAUUAAAGAGCAACAUUUUAUAGUGAUUUUAUAUGUAUGAAUUUAAAAUAGAAAUGUAUGGAGAAACACUAAUUGUUUGAUAUUUUAUUCUACUGUUUGGUAAAACUGUGCUGGCAUAAUAAAAUUUUAAUUGAUGA